CGCAAACCAGCAGCCGCGAGGCGCGGGCGGCGACCCCUGUGCGGCGGACGGACGCGCGGCCCGGCCAUGCGCGCGCUCUGGCUGUGCGGCUGCCUCUGCGUCGCGCUGCUCCUGCCCAACGCCCGGGCCACCUCCAGGAGGGAAGUCUGUGAUUGCAGUGGGAAGUCCAGCCAAUGCGUCUUUGAUCAGGAGCUUCACAGACAGACAGGCAACGGGUUCCGCUGCCUCAACUGCAUUGACAACACCGACGGCGUUCACUGCGAGAGGUGCAAGGAGGGGUUCUACCGACAGAGAGAGAGGGAUCGCUGCUUACCCUGCAACUGUAACCCCAGAGGUGCUCUCAGCGCUCGAUGUGACAACUCUGGACGGUGCAGCUGUAAACCAGGUGUGACAGGAGACAGGUGUGACCGGUGUCUGCCAGGCUUCCACACACUCACCGAUGCUGGGUGCACCCAGGACCAGAGACCACUAGACUCCAAGUGUGACUGCGAGCCAGCUGGCAUCUCGGGGCCCUGUGACGAAGGCCACUGCGUCUGCAAGCCAGCUGUCACCGGAGAGCGCUGUGAUAGGUGUCGACCAGGUUACUAUCACCUGGAUGGGGGAAACCCCGAGGGCUGCACCCAGUGUUUUUGCUAUGGGCAUUCAGCCAACUGCCACAGCUCUGGAGACUACAGUGUCCAUAAAAUCAUCUCUACUUUCCAUCAAGAUGUUGACGGCUGGAAGGCUGUCCAAAGAUAUGGGGCUCCUGCAAAGCUGCAGUGGUCACAACGCCAUCGAGAUGUGUUUAGCUCUGCACGACGAUCAGACCCUGUCUACUUUGUAGCUCCUGCCAAAUUUCUUGGGAAUCAACAGGUGAGCUAUGGGCAAACCCUGUCCUUUGACUACCGUGUGGACAGGGGAGGCAGACACCCAUCUGCUCACGAUGUGAUCCUGGAAGGUGCUGGUCUGCGGGUCACAGCUCCCUUGAUGCCACGUGGCAAGACACUGCCAUGUGGGAUCACCAAGACUUACACGUUCAGGUUAAAUGAACGCCCAAGCAGUAACUGGAGCCCCCAGCUGAGUUACUUUGAGUAUCGGAGGUUACUGCGUAACCUCACGGCCCUGCGGAUCCGAGCUACCUAUGGAGAAUACAGUACUGGGUACCUUGACAACGUGACCCUGAUUUCAGCUCGCCCUGUCUCCGGAGCCCCAGCACCCUGGGUUGAACAAUGCAUAUGUCCCGUUGGGUACAAAGGGCAGUUCUGCCAGGAUUGUGCUUCUGGCUACAAAAGAGAUUCUGCCAGACUGGGACCUUUUGGCACCUGUAUUCCAUGUAACUGCCAGGGGGGAGGAGCCUGCGAUCCAGACACAGGAGAUUGUUAUUCGGGGGAUGAAAAUCUUGACAUCGAAUGUGCCGACUGCCCUAUUGGUUUCUACAACGAUCCACAUGACCCCCGCAGCUGCAAGCCGUGCCCCUGCCGCAACGGGUUCAGCUGCUCCGUGAUGCCCGAGACAGAGGAGGUGGUGUGCAAUAACUGCCCCCACGGGGUCACCGGUGCCCGCUGUGAGCUCUGUGCGGAUGGCUACUUUGGGGACCCAUUUGGGGAACAUGGCCCAGUGAGGCCUUGUCAGCCCUGUCAGUGCAACAACAAUGUGGAUCCCGGUGCUUCCGGGAACUGCGACCACCUGACAGGCAGGUGUCUGAAGUGCAUCCACAACACAGCUGGUGCCCACUGUGACCGGUGCAAAGCAGGCUACUUUGGGGACCCUUUGGCUACCAACCCAGCAGACAAGUGUCGAGCUUGCAACUGCAACCCAAUGGGCUCAGAGCCUGGGGAGUGCCGAAGUGAUGGCAGCUGUGUUUGCAAGCCGGGGUUUGGCGGCCUCACCUGUGAGCAUGCAGCAUUAACCAGCUGCCCAGCUUGCUAUAAUCAAGUGAAGAUUCAGAUGGACCAGUUUAGGCAGCAGCUCCAGAGCCUGGAGGCCCUAGUUUCAAGGGCUCAGAGUGGUGGUGGAGCAGUGCCCAGCACGGAGCUGGAAGGCAGGAUGCGGCAAGCUGAGCAGACCCUUCAGGACAUUCUGAGAGAAGCCCAGAUUUCAGAAGGUGCUAUUAGAUCUCUCAAUCUCCAGCUGGCCAAGGCAAGAAGUGAAGAGAAAAGCUACCUGAGCCGCCUGGAUGACCUCAAGAGGGCCGUGGAAAGAAUUCGGGCCCUGGGCAGUCAGUAUCAGAACCGAGUUCAAGAUACUCACAGGCUGGUCACGCAGAUGCGCCUGAGCCUGGAGGAAAGCGAGGCCUCCCUGAGAAACACUAACAUUCCUCCCUCAGAGCACUACGUGGGGCCAAAUGGUUUUCAAAGCCUGGCUCAGGAGGCCACAAGAUUGGCAGACAGCCAUGUUGGGUCAGCAGGUAACAUGGAGCGGCUGGUAAGACAAACCGAGGACUAUUCCAAACAAGCGCUGUCGCUGGCACGCAAGGCUCAGCGGGAAGGAGGCGGAAGGGGCAGCCUGGAGGGCUCUGCGGUGCAAGGCCUUAUGGGAAAGUUGGAGAAAACCAAGUCCCUGGCCCAGCAGCUGUCCGGGGAGGCCACUCAAGCUGACAUUGAAGCAGACCGGUCUUAUCAGCAUAGCCUUCGCCUUCUUAAUUCCGUGUCUCAGCUUCAGGGAGUCAGUGAUCAGUCUUUUCAGGUAGAAGCAAAAAGGAUCAGACAAAAAGCUGAUUCUCUCUCAAGCCUGGUGACUAGACGUAUGGAGGAGUUCAAGCACAUGCAAAGCAAUCUGGGAAACUGGGAAGAAGAAACCCAGCAGCUCUUACAGAACGGAAAGAAUGGGAGACAGAAAUCAGAUCAGCUGCUUUCCCGUGCCAACCUCGCUAAAAGCAGAGCCCAAGAAGCACUAAGUAUGGGCAAUUCCACUUUUUAUGAAGUUGAGAACAUCUUGAAGAAUCUCAGAGAGUUUGACUUGCAGGUUGAAGACAGAAAAGCAGAAGCCGAAGAGGCCAUGAAGAGACUCUCAUAUAUCAGCCAGAAGGUUGCAAGCGCUAGUGACAAGACUAAACAGGCAGAAGCAGCCCUGGGCGGUGCUGCUGCUGAUGCCCAGAGGGCAAAGACCGCAGCCGGGGAGGCCCUGGAGAUCACGGACAAGAUAGAACAGGAGAUAGGGAGUCUGAACUUGGAAGCCAACGUGACAGCAGAUGGAGCCUUGGCCAUGGAGAAGGGACUGGCCACUCUGAAGAGCGAGAUGAGGGAAGUGGAAGGAGAGCUGGCAAGGAAGGAGCAAGAAUUUGACCUGGAUAUGGACACAGUACAGAUGGUAAUUACAGAAGCCCAAAGAGUUGAUAACAGAGCCAAGAAUGCAGGAGCUACGAUCCAAGACACCCUCAACACGUUGGAUAGCAUCUUAGAUCUAAUGGACCAGCCUGGCAGUGUGGAUGAAGAGGGACUGAUCUUACUGGAGCAGAAACUCUUCCGAGCCAAGACUCAGAUCAACAGCCAGCUGCGGCCCUUGGUGUCAGAGCUGGAAGAUCGAGCACGUCGGCAGCAGCGCCACCUUCGUUUGCUGGAGACGAGCAUCGACGGGAUUCUGGCUGAUGUGAAGAACCUGGAGAACAUCAGGGACAACCUGCCGCCAGGCUGCUAUAAUACACAGGCUCUUGAGCAACAGUGAAUCUGCCAUAGAGAUUUCUCAGCUGAGGUUCUUGGGAUACAGACCUCAGGAGCCAUCUCGUGUGGUUGGGGUGGGAUGGAGACACUUGAGCAUGUUGAAUGGGCAUGCUCAGGUCAACUCAACCUGAUCCCAUCCCUGAGACCUUGGCCAGAUAAAUGUCUUAUCGCACCAGUGUGACACUACUUGCUUCCUGAUGCUGGGCAGUGAGGCAAGUAGCACUGGGUGUGAGACUGGUCAAGGGCCCGGACCCCAAAGGGUAGACUGGAUGGAAGGGCAAGCUGCAUGGGCAGGUGUUUGCCUUGGGAUAGUCACACACUGAGUCCUGGAGUAUGGACAGUGUAUGGAGUAUGCUGCUGGGCUAUAGUCAGCUUAUUCUUUGAGUAAUAUGACCAAAGGAGAAAUAUUUUUACUUUGCCCACCCAUACAGUUCUUCCUAAUGUCUGAACAGAGAGUGAAGUCCAGUCACACUGUGGCCAGUGAAAUACUAUUACCUUGUAGUGUCCAACUACAAGCUUCUCAUUGACCAGAGUUCCUCCCACUUACCACCCAGUUUGUCAACAUGUCGCCCACUUUCAAGCUGGGAGAAAUGAGCAGUGGUGGACUGAGAGGCUGUAAGGCUGGUCCAUUUGGAGCAAUGGUGCCUGUUUGGGUCCUGCCACCUUCAGUUUCUUCUGGGGCCUAGAAGUGCCAUCCUUUCUCCAGUGACGCCAUGGCAACUUAGAGACUACUUUUUUAUUAA